AUGGCUCAUUCUACAGAUUCUGAUUCUGAUUUUGUAUCAACAGCUGUUCCAACUAAAAAAGUGCAAACAAAUGCAACUGUAAGAAAAACAGGGAAAGAAAUCUAUAUCGAUAUAGAUUCAGCAAGUCAAGAUAGGGUUAAAAAAGCUAAAAAAGUGCAAACAAAUGCAACUGUAAGAAAAACAGGGAAAGAAAUCUAUAUCGAUAUAGAUUCAGCGAGUCAAGAUAGGGUUAAAAAAGAUUCUUCAUCUUUACAGUCAGAGACAUCAGAGUCAGAGACAUCCACAACACAUAGUGAUGAAUAUGAUGAUGAAUCUGAUGAAGAAAUCUAUGUAAAAAAGAGAACCGGUGAUAGAAAAUAUGUUGAAGGAGUGACAAAGAUUAAAGAAGCAAAAAGGAAGAGGAAUAGUAGGGACAAUCGUGCAGCAGUAAAGAAACAAAAAACCGUGAAAGAGCAAAAGACUGUGAAAGAUAUAUUGAAGGAGUUGCCUUCAAUAAACACUAGAUCAACACCUGGAUUGAUGACAGAUGUUCAUUACGAUGAAGGCACAAACAGUAUUCUGAUUAAAGGAAAAAGAAUAAAGAUCACAAAGGAAAAAAUUCAUAAAGUGUUUGGUUUACCCAAAACUGGAAAAAGCUUAUUUGAUUUGGACAAGGUUAGUGAAGAUCAUCAAGUCUUUGAUGGAUGGAUGAAGGAACUUGAAGAUGGAAAGGCAAAUGCAACAAAUUACAAGAAGAUUAUUCAAAAAUCCGAACAAGUGGAUAUGAAUUUCAAGCUGGGUUUCAUAGCUUUAUUCGUUAAUACGUUUGCAGAAUCCAUUCCUAUGGGGACAAACAACUUAGUUCCAGUUAGAGCACUUGUUGAAGUAGAUGACAUUUCUAAAAUCGAUUGGUGUGCAUAUUUGUUGUACUGUGUGAAAAAUUCAAAAGGGAGAUGGCGUCCAGACGACCCCAAGUGUUAUUAUAAAGGCCCGAUGUUGUUGCUAUUGCUAAUUUACUGUGAUGAAAUUGAAUGCAAGCUCCAAAAAAUAGAACGUAAAACACCAUUAGUUACAAUGUGGAUAGCAGAUAAGUUGAAGGAAAGACAAUCUUUUGAGAUUGAAGCUGGUGGAUUUGGGGUUGGGAAUCUAAUUGAACAAAGUUCAAAUUUAGAACUUGAGAAGAAUGAAAAUCAGGUGAAUGAGAAUCAGGACAUGCGUAUUGUAGCACCUGGUUUCCGGUAUGUGAAUUUUAUUUGA